AUGAACAUGGAUCCACCUAUGAUGUUACCGUUUUUACCUUCAAUAAAUCAAUCGAUUUAUCAAAUGGAUUACCCAUAUUUGUAUCCUAUUAACCAUGGUCAAGGACAGGCUCAAAGUAACAUUCCUACUCAAUCUGUUCCUCAACCUCCAUCACAACCAAUGCAAAGUCAAAUCCCUAAUCAAUCAAUACUUCAAACUAUUGGCAACCAAAACAUACAAUCACAAAGUAUUGCUCAAAGUCAAGGCGUUUACAGCCAACCUUACCAAACCAUGAGUCAACAAGCAACUCCAUUAAUAUCAUAUUCCCCUUCACAAUUCAUGGAGAAAUUACAUCAAAUUUUACCAUUGACUCCAUUGAGGAAAUUACCUAAUAGACCAAAUAUUUACCAACAUUUAAAUGCUAAAAGAUCCAAGAGGAAGUCCAAAUUUACCAAACUUCAAGAUGACUUGAUUGUCAAAUUAAAGAAUGAUGGUAAAAACUGGGUUGAAAUUGCUGAGUUUACUAAAGUUGGUAGUUAUUUAGCUGCCAGAAAUAGAUACCAAGUAAUUAUUGGUCAACAAGGUAAUAAUAACUCAUCAAGUUGGAAUCAAGAUUAUAAUAAUUUAUUAAAGAGUUUAUUGGAUAAAUAUGAAAACGAAAAAUGGAAAUUUAUUACUAUUGAAUUAAAUAAAGUAACAGGUAAGAAUUUUACAGUAGAAGAUAUCAAAAACUUGGUGAAACAUUUAUUUAACAGUAAUCCAUUCAACUUCAAUGUUAAUGAUGAAUUAAUAAAUGAAUUAAUCAAGGAAAAGAAAAUUACUGAAAAAGCUUUCGAAACAGUUAAGAAUAAUGAUUAUGAUGAUUUCUUAAAUUAUGAUUUCCACUAG